CAAAAUUAAUCAAGGGACCUUCGACCUCUUGAUCAGCCACACAACUACAAAUGAUGCUGCUUUUACUGCUUGUGUCGUUGUUGCUGGGGAUUGGCGGCGCCCUGAAAAUAGACCUGCAAACUCCUGACGGAGAUAAUGUGCGGCCGCUCCCUCACAUAUGGACUUCAACGGGAUUUAGCCCGGAGUUACGAAAUACAACAAAUUGGACGUGGCCACUGGACUUGACUAAGGACGAGAACCACGGAUUGGCGAUAAUUGGCUCGUUGCGCUAUGGUGCUUUAACUCAUGUGCGAAUCCACUGGCUUCUGGACUUUGUAAAUGCUAGUGAAAUUCCCGGUGAUGAAAAACACGUCACCUUCAAUUUUACCACGUUGGACUCGACGGUGGCGCAUCUUCGGCGCCACAACCUGCGCCCUGCUUUUGAGCUCAUGGGCAAUCCUACGGGCGGGACGUUCAUCAGCAAGAUUCACCGCCGUCGACUGCGCGACCUUUUGCUCAAAAUGACCGCGCGUUACCAGGCAGCGUACGGCGCCAACGAGACGCGGCUCUGGCGCUGGGAAACGUGGAACGAGCCCGACCUUCGUCAGUACUGGAACCAGACCGUGCCUGCGUACUUUGCUUACUUCCGGGCCGUCGUCGACGCGCUCAGAGAUGCAGGACUGCGGGUCGGAGGACCGGCAGGAAUUUUUCGGCCGCGCCACCGCAUCUGCUGGGAGGUGCUUGACGAGGUGGCGAAAACUACGAAUCCGCAAGACGUACUUUCUUUUCUCUCAUUUCAUCAUAAGGGAAGCGAAAGUGCUGAUCAGGUCAUCCUAGGAACGCGAGCUGUUAUUAAAGAAAUCCGUGCUCGCUACCCUAAACUCGGAAAUCUCUCCAUCACCAAUGAUGAAGCUGACCCAUUAAGCGGGUGGUGGAAACCUCGCGAGUGGCGCGCCGACGUGCGAUACGCGGCGAUGGUGGUGCGGACGGCCGGACGUCUCCUGGACGACGUCUCUUUUCUUAGCAACGACAACGCGUUUCUUCCGCAGGCGCCGCACUUUUUCACGCAGCGCACGCUUUUAGCUCGAUUUCGCGAGUCGGACAAUUCGACCCACUUUUUUCUCAAGCCAGUGGCCGUCAGCUUGGCUUUGCUGUCUCUACUGGGCGACAAACGCAUUGAAUCUACCACCAGUAUUGACGAUGACCGUUUGACAAUUAUAUCCGGCGCCUGUUGGAGCGAUGCAGAAGACUUUGAGGGCGCCACGAUAAUUUCUUUCGGCGACGAGACAAAAGCAGAUUUCAAGGAAAGCAUCAGUGUGGACCUGCCGCUGCGUUGCGUGGGCGCCCGAUGCGUUGACGUCCGCUACACCGUCUUCCUCCUCGACAACGCCCGCACGAAUCCGUGGCGCGUUUGGCGCGACGCCGGCAGCCCCAGCACGCCGGAAACCGCCCUGAGACGUCGCAUGCGAGACGCGCAGGGUCCGUAUCGGGCGGUGGCGUCGGCGCCGCUUACGCCGCGUCUCUCGUUGACGCUGCGUCUGCCGAGCGUGGCCCUCGUCCAAGUCUGCAGUCGCAGGGACGCCUUGCCCAGGGCUCCGACCAACCUGGAAACUCUCCAACCUGCGCCGGGGGAAACCCUCUUACUUUGGAGCGACCAAGACGUUGGAACUAGGUGUCUUUUGGGCUAUGAGGUGCAAGGUCGGAGUGGUUUUGACGGCGACUGGCGCACCCUGACGCACGGUUCCAUCCUGACGCAAUGGCACCAUGCAGGCUCCGAACAGGAGUAUCGCGUCAGAGCUGUGGACUUGUGGGGCAGGAAUGGAACUUUCUCCGCUUUAUUAAGGCCGGCAACUUAUUAAUUUUUACUUUCAAAUGAAAAUUAUAGCAUGUUAGGAUAAUUGAAAUAAACAAUUAAAUUUUCAAUUAAUCAUCUGAG